AAACAUUCUUCAAAGCAGCAAAAAUCAAAUGACAAUAUAAAUAACAAACAAAGCAAUGCUUGUGUUAAUGUUGAUAAUUCAUUGGAACAUAAAAAAGAAUCAAAUGCAAUAAUACAGUCAAUCAGUGAGAAGAAUGUGUUAACGAAAGAUACUUCAAACAGUUCUAUGCAGACAGUAAAUGAAACUAUUGCAGAUGUGCCUUAUGCAUUAAUAGAGGAAGAAAAAACAAAAAUGGAGGAAGAAUAUAAAUAUUUUUUAAUGCAACGUACAAUAUAUACAAUACGUACAUGCAAUGGACGAUGGUACUGUGAUCUGUGCGAAUUUACAUUGCGAAGCUUGAUAGCUAUGACUUGUCACUUACAAGAAGUUCAUCCAGAUAAUAACUUACAAAUAUCAGACACAAAUUGCACAGAAUUAUUAAAUCAUGAAAUGCAGGAUGCAAUGCAGGAUGCAAUGCAGGAUGCAAUACAGGAUGCAAUGCAUGAUUAUUUUUGCAUACCUUGCAAGUGUUCUUUCCCUUCUGUAAAUCAUUUUUAUGAGCAUUCAGUUGGAAAGAAACAUAAAUACAUGACUCAAUGUAACAAAAAACACGAAGAUGGUAAUGUUGUACUACAAAAACCUGCAACUAAACUAAAUUUAAAUAAUAAUACAAUUAACAAUCAAAUUAUAUCUGUUGAUGUACAAAAUGAAAGUGAUUUAAUUAGAAAUCUUCCAAGUAGUUUCAAAGCAGAAGAGAAAAGUACAAUUUUAUUAAAGUCUUACAAUAAAGAUAGUAUUAAUGAGGAUCUGCAAAGGGAAAGCUUAUCAUACAAAAUCAACAGCGUAAUUAACCAUUUAUUUGACAAGUUAAGUCAUUUGAAGCAUUUUGAAAAUAUUCUUCUCACAUAUAUGCCUAUACAAAAUGUAUUUACAUCGAGAGAGCUUAUCGUAAAUAAAAAUGAAUAUGAAGUAAAAUCUCCAAUUUCUAAAAAAAAUGUAUCAAUUGAUAACGAAUUAUUGACAGAAUGUAAUAUUGACAAAAUACAAGGAAAUACAGGACAAUAUGGCAAUCGUAACUUAAUAACUGAUAUGAAUUCCAAUAAUACAAAUAAUAGAAUGAAUCAAAAUGAAGAAAAUAAUUUUGGCUCUUUAAUAUCUCUCAAUGUAUUUACGGAAAUUAAUACAUUAAUAAACAAAGAUUAUGAAUCAAAUCGGUUGUCUACAAAGUUAAAGAAGAGCACUGUAGAUCAUUAUAAUAAAAUGUAUUGCAAAGAUUUUCUCGAUUUUGAAGAAAUCAUGUUUGUCUGUAACUAUAAAAAACUGGAGAGAAUUAAAUCAAAUUUGCAGUUUUUCUUUCCAUUGUCUGACAAAAUACUUUGUCUUAUAUGUGAAAAUCUGCAAUUACACAAUGUACAGGCAAUAUACGAACAUAUAAAUUCUGAAAAACACAUUAUAAAAUUUAACAUGUUACAUGAGAAUGAAGAACAUUUGGAACUGUUAAAGCAGCUAGUGAAAAUACAACCUGCAUAUACAAAAUGUUUUGCUUGUGAUAUACAUACAUUUCAGAGUAGAAAAACUAACAUAGAUUUUAAGAAUCAUAUAAAUACGUCUUCGCACAAGAACAAUUGUAACCAAUUACGUAAUCAGAUUGAGUUAAUAUUGAAAGAAUUCCAAAAUUUAUGGUAUAGUAUCCAAUACUUUGCUUGCGUUGAUUGCAACAAAAAAUUCAGAAUAAAAAUAAAAUUCAUGGAACAUCUUAAUGACAAGCACAAGGAAGUCAUAAGAAACGAGACUAAUUCGAAGUUUGAUUUUUGCUUAACAUGUGCGACUUUAUGGUACAAAACAAGUGAUAUCAAAGACAUUCAUAUAAAUUAUGAACAACACUGUCAGUUACAAAUGCAUCAAUAUCUAAAGAAAAGUAAUGAUUUCGCAAUUACACCGCUGCCGCAGACUUUGCAAAAAUUGUUGAGAAAUGUUAACGAAAUUUCUGCUAAUCUAUUUCAAUUGUCAAAGAAAGUAUUAAAUGAUCCAAAAGUGACUCAACUUACGGAUGCUUUAAAACACAUCGUUGGAACGUGUCAGCUCCCUGUAGAAGUGUUCAUGUUUGGUUCAAGAGUCACUGGUUUAGCAUUAACAAACAGCGACAUCGACAUAUAUCUUAAUUUCGGUGACGAAUGUAUCGACCCUCAAUCGAUUAAAAGAAGAAGUAAGCAGAUUCAAGAUUGUUUACAUACUGACCAUGAAAAUUGGGAUAUAGAAUUAACUUUGGACAGGAGCAGGACUCCUAUAAUAAAAGUAAAGCACAGAUCAACAGGAUUGCAGUGCGAUAUCUCGUUUACGAAAGGUCUGUCAGUGGAAAAUUCCAAGCUUAUUAGAGCUUUCAAUACUGCAUAUCCACCGUGUCAAAAAUUGACACUGUUUUUGAAAAAGUGGCUCUCGCUGGCGGGUUUGAGUGGUCCUGAUGGAAUAACAAAUUAUGCUCUUGUCUGGCUAGUCAUCUUUUACUUGCAAGUCAAAUUAAAAAUUCCGAGUAUUGUUGACUUAAUCAAAAGCCAUAAUCAGUCGAAAAUCAUCUCUGGUUGGGAAACUGGAGUUAGUGAUACUAUUCUUAUCAAUGUAUCACAACAACUAAUACAUGAAUUGUUGUUAGGAUUUUUCGAAUAUUACGGAGGUUUCGAUUACAUGCAUCUCAUUGUAUGUCCAUUAUUAGGCGAGACGUGCCAAAAGAAAGCUUUUGCUGAAGUAUCGAUUUUACCUAAUUCUAUGGCACUUUACAUUGCGCAAUUGCGAGGUGACAACCCAGAAUAUUUUCGUAUUGAUUCACCUAUGUGUGUGCAAGAUCCAUAUGAUCUUUCACAUAAUUUAACAAAGGCUGUGUCAAUUUUAAUGCUUAAACGUUUUAAACACUAUUGCAAUGAAAGUUUAUUAGUAUUACGUAGCGUUAUUGCUAAAUUGUAA